AUACCACUGACCAGAGUCAACAUCUGAAACGCACCAUUUUCUUCUGUGUUCAUUGUUUGGACGAGAGAAAUCCAAUUAAGUCCUUCAGUGGAACAGUCGAAGAUGUGACUUAUCACUGGUCAAAAGAACAUUCGACUGAAUCGAAGCCAUUCCAGUUUUACGCCGUUGCUUUGCUCGAUUGUUUCUAUUGCAAAAAGGUCGGUUCCUAUCAUGAUUUGAUAAAGCAUCACAAGGAAAAGCAUGCAGAUACCCAGUUUAUAAUUGUAGAGCAAGUAGACCAAACAAAGUGCGGAAUGUGUCACUUCAAAGACGGUGAUUUGAGUGAACAUUUUAAAGCAAAACAUGAUGUGAACUCAACACCAAAGAUAUUCAAUCCGAUUUGCUAUUCGGAAGAAAGAAUUGCCGAGUUUUUGACAAUUAAUGUGGCGAAAAAACAUCAAUGCGAUGCAUGCAAUCAAAUAUUUGAAACACAAGAUGAAAUUGGUGCACAUUUCCAAAAUUUUCACAACAGUCGAGCGGUUCAAUCGAAGAAAUUCGUUGACAAUCGAAUCACACCAGAUCAUUUGAUUUGCGGUCAUUGCCAUAAAAAAGUCGAUAGCAAUCGAUAUUUGAAUCAUCUAUCGGAGCAUACCGUUAAUUUUCGUUGCACAAUGGUCAGUGUGUGCAAGUAUGAAUCCGUGCACCUGUCUCAAAUGGCAUUCCAUGAAAAAAUUGUUCACGACAUCGAUUCUUUGAACUAUCAUUGCUCCAUAUUUCCCGGUUGGAUGAAGAAGAAACUCUUCAACACAAAUAUGGUGUUCAGCAAUGGAUUGGUGUUAAAAACGUACAAUUUGCUCGGCACAACGUUUGAUGAUAGCAAAUUGUUGGAUAAGUUUAUUCAAAAGUUUUUGGAGAAGGAAAAACAGCAAGCAAAACAAAUGAUUGAGGCACAUGGCGAAGGCAUGAAUUUGAAUGGGUCAUCGAGUGAUGAAAAUAGGUAUCGGGCUGCGAAUGGAACAAACUUGAAUAGUGUUCCAAAUGAUGGAAAUUUGAAGGAGGCUCCAAAUAACGCAAAUCCUCCAUUUGAGACCACCACGGUAACAUUGAAUGAAGAAGCUUCUGCGAUAGCAUUGAAUGUCAACCGACAGAAUGACCAACCGAAUAUUGAACUCCAUGAGGUUGAAAAUGACGCGAGUGGAAGUGAAACUGAUUCAAUAAGUGAACCAAUACUGAUGACGGCAUUGAGAGAUCAGCAAAAAUUGAUCAAAAACCUGUAUGUCCAAGGAAUCCCACGUAGUAUGAACAUCACAGAUCGAAAUGGAACUUUUCUCAAACUAUGUAAGCAAAUGGAAGUGGACAUUUCUCAUAGCAAUAUUCAGUCAAUUGAUCAGUGUAAAAAAGGUUUUAUUGUGAAAUUGCAUCGCAUGGACACAAAAAAUUUGAUUAUGAGCCAAACACGCGAUAAAUUUGUUUGGUCAAAUGAACUGUUCAAAUUAACUGGAAGCCAAAAACCAUGGAAGGUUUAUAUUAAUGACCAGAUGACCCAUUUCUACGCAAAAAUGUGGUUUGCUGCAAUGGAUUUGAAACAAAAACGGCAUUUGCAUUCAUAUAAGUUGACCAAAGAUGGAUUUGUGGUGAAACGAACAUCAAGGGACGAUGAACGGGUCAUUUUGUCCGAAGAACAGCUUCGCGAGUAUAUCAGACCGGUACAUGGUCGAAGAAGUCAAACGUGAUGGAGAGGGUAAUCUGGACUUAUCCGUCUAUGCACCGGUUUGAUCGAAAAUGACCAAAAUUCGGACGCAGUUUCAGUAUAGAUUAAGCCAAUUUUUGAUAUACCUUUAACCGUUUUGUAUGAAGAAAAUUCAAUUUUUUGUUCACAAUUUUCAGUCACGUCCAUAUAGGAUGGAAAUAAUUUUCAAGCACUUUUAUGAGUGUAUAAAAAUAAAAUGUAUUCGAAUUUGAUCUUCAAUAAAUGGACAGCGCGAAUUUAAAACUUGAAUUAAUUUGUUCAAAAUUAAUCGAUUUUUUUUUAAAUUGAUUCGAAUUGACUUUUUCUCAGAGAACAAAAUUGACUGAAUUUUAUAUUGUUAGAUUUUCGUAUCCGAAAAUUUUACUCUCGAAAUUGUUGAAAGCACGGAACACAUUGAAAUUUCGGUUUUGAAUUGAUUGUUGAUUGCAGCAACCGAUAUCAUGAAUGUUUGAAUUGACUGAUCGGAACAGCUCCAAUAUUAUAGCUCCGUGUUGAAUAUGAACGAUUCUCUUGAAUUGUGAGAACUAAAUGCAUUACGAAGAUAUUCAUUCUGUCAACACACGUGUCGGUUUGAGAACGGUGUUUCAUAUUAUCUUUAUUUGCUUUCUUAGUGGCCCUGGCCAUUCUUCCUAAACAAAAUGAAUCACAUCGAUAUCAGUUUGAUUUCAAAUAAUUUUGAAGUGUUCAAUAAAUACUGUUUAUCAUCGUUGCAAUUGCAUUUGAUAUUGUGACAUGCGCACUAUAGUGGGCCCACUUAUUUACUUUAUUAUAGUAUCGUAUGACGUUUGUGCAGAGUGAUAUGCGAGUCGAGUGUAUUCGACGCGCAAAUAUCAUGCUGUUUUGGGGAUAUAAGAAGAAAAACCAUCCAAAGAAUUGGAUCAGUUCAUUGUGAUCGCAGUUACCAAUCGAAUACAGAGCAAGUAAGUAGGGUAGAAAAAAAUCUCUCGUUUCAAAUGGAUUUCAAUUAUUUACCUCAAUUUUACGUGUUAUAAUUCAAUAAGAAAAUGGAUCAAUAUUCAUUCCGAAGGAGAUUUUAUUCGCUAGAAACUUUCGCUACAUUUGAAUCUGUACUAUGUGUUGUAUAAAAGCGUAAUAUUGUGUAAUUAUUGGGACGUGUACUUGCUGAAUUGAUGUACUCUAUCUUUUGAUGUACACUUUUUUUUGAAUCUAGCCAUUUUUACCAAUCACAUUGAUAUCUGUAGCAUCUCAUCACAUCUUUAUGCUGAAAUUCCAUACCUAAUUGGAUAUAAUUCCACUGACUCUUUGGUCAUAAUUUCCCCGAGAAAUUAUGUCCAUAUGCAUUUGGAUAUAAAUUCUUCUGAUAUUUGGACAUAAUUUCUCAAAUCAAAAUUUUUUCGAUGGGGAAGUUAUGUCCAAAUCUGAAAUGGAAUUAUCAUCUCCAUUGGUACAUACAUAAACCAUUGGUACAUGCAUAAAACAUUGGGACAUCGGCAUAUUGAAGAAGAGAUGGAGAAUGAGAAAUGUGACGAUUAGCCCAGAAUUCUUGGAAUUUUGGGUCGGUUGGAGUAAACGCAACACGACGGUAUCACCGUCGGCACCGCGUGCACCUCCAAUAGAUCAAUCGACACAUUUCUCAUCCCGUUGUUUUUUUUUAUGAAUGCGAUGAUAUUGAGCACUUUCACACUUCAGUCUGAAGUAACAUGAGUGACAAGCAAGUCAAUUUGUGCUAAAAUUUUGAGUUUUUUCAAUCAAUUUUAUUUUUGUUUCGUGUUCAAAUAAAAAAAAAUGGUUGAGCCAACAAAAUUGCGCGUAAUCGAAUUACGCCGAGAGUUAUCGGACAGAAAUUUAGAAAUUGGUGGAAAAAAAAGUGAACUCAUUUCUCGCCUCCAAUUCGCGUUAGAUAAAGAACGACGAGUGCAGCUCACUCAAGCAAGUGAGAGUGCCACAAAUCACGAUGAACGUAAUUCAAUCUCAAUUCAAGAAGGUGGUUCAAUUAACGACAACGAUGAAAAUGAUGCAGACCACGCAUUUCGUACCCAAGCAUUUGAAAUCUUAAUUCGCGAAAAACAUAGUGAAAAUAGUGUGAAUGGUCCAAGUGAACCAACCGUGGUUGAAAUCUCUGAGGCUGAUAGUUCAAUUGACGAAAGCAAUAAUGAAAAUGAUGCAAAUGAUGAUGAUAAUAAUUUCAUUGCGGAUAUCAGUGAAGUCACAUAUGAACUUAUGCAAGGCAAGCGGGCAAACAGCGAAUUUCUCUACUCAAAAGAAGAACGACAGUUCUAUGUGAAGAAGAAAAAACUCGCUAACGGUGUUGUGUCUCUAAUUUGCCGCACCAGCGGCUGCAAAAAUCAUUGCUACCUUGACGAGGAGAAUAAAAAGUGUUCAUUACCGGUGCCUUAUGUGCCGCAUACUCAUCCUACUAAAGAAGAAGAGUACAAAAGGUUAUGCGUUUUGAACAAAAUUAAAAGUGAUUGUGCUAACCCGAAUAUUGUUGCAAAAACAGAAACGAAAACUUCUGUAGUGAAGUCAAUUUUCAAGGAAACAAUCACCGAGAACGAGGAUUCGAGCAUUCAAUACCAUCGCAUCGAACGAACAUUGCGUCGAAUCGCCAAUAAAACUAUGCCAGCUGCACCGAAAACCAUCGAUCAAAUCGGGACGACGUUUGAAAAUGAGCAUGUGAAUCGACUGUAUGGCCAAACUUUACACAAAUCCGAUACCGAAAAAAAUCAGUUCUACAGAACCACACACGUAUCUGAUGAGUAUGCCUACUCAGUGUUCGCUUCACAGCGUUGCAUUGAUUUGAUCGAGGCUCACUAUCAGGUCAAUGAACGGAGAUACAAUAUGGACGCAACUUUCAAAGUUGUGCCGCGACUUUUCUAUCAACUUUUGAUCAUUUAUUUCGAAACACCUUCUAAGCAGACCGUACCGUUCAUUUUCGUACUGAUGACCCGAAAGACAGAGGAGAGUUAUCGGCAUAUUUUUAAAUACAUUGAUGAAAAUGUAUUUUCACUGAAGUGCAAGUCAUUUAUGACCGAUUUUGAGCUCCCGAUGAGAAACGCCCUCAAGUCCGUUUACCCAAAUUCUGAUCAUAACACUUGCUGGUUUCACUUGACCCAAGCGGCCAAGAAAAACAUGUCGAAGUUGAGCACACUAUCGAAGUUAAUCCGAAGAAAUGAUGAGGCACGCACGAUUUACAAAAAAUUAUUGGCGUUGCCACUGCUGCCAGCAGAUCUCAUAGUUGAGACAUUUCACAAAUUGAAGACUUUGGCUCUAUCAAAAUUCAAACAAUUCAAAACGUAUUUGGCCUAUUUUGAGCGACAAUGGCUGCAACGGGAAGGGGCCAACAAGAUUUCGGUGUUUCUUCUCAUCACACGAAGUCAAGCUGCCGUGGAGGCAUACAACGGAUAUCUCGGUCGAAAAAUCAUUGCCCACGCUAAUUUUUUUGUGCUUAUCAACGCCUUGCGUGAUGAAGAAUUCCACAAAAGCCGUGAGUUUGGCCUGCUUCUUUCGACCGCUAACCCACCAUUGCAACGACGCCACUAUCGCAUUCAGGAUGAUAAAAUCCGCAAGAUAAGUGAAAUGUUGCAGAAGAAGCAAAUUGAUGUUGAUGGUUUUCUAAAUGGAAUAACCUGCCCUGACAACAACAUUUUUAGCGACGAGCACUUUGAUUUUUUGGACGAUGGUGUUUCUGAUGAUGAGGACGAAACGGAGCCAAUUGCAUCCAAUUCAAUCAGUUCAGGAAGCUCGGCAAUCUCCGGGAAAACUUGUGUGAUUUGCCUCGAGGCAACCAGCGAUGUUCUGCUGUCAUGUGGGCACUACAAGUAUUGUUUGAGAUUCUUCGAGCUUGAGAGAGCUAAUUUCAACGAAAAGUUGGUUGAACAUCAGCUAUGCCGGCGUGACAUUGAACCCACAUUUAAAUGUCCUCUUUGCCAAGCCCAAAUAACGAGCCACAUGCACGUUAAAAAAAUAUUUGUUGAUUGAAUAAUAAUUUUUCAUAAGAAUCAGAUUUGAAAUUUGCUGGUGUUUCUCACCUUGAAAAUUGUGGCUCAACUGAAUACGAAUUUAUUAUAAACCCUGGUUUAUUCCAUCUUCAGACUAUUUUAUUUAAUAAGUACCAAAGAUUUGUUUAGAUUUAGACGUAAAACUUUUCAUUGAUUUAUUUUUUUGUAUGCAAUAAAUCAAAUGAUGACUUUUGCAGUCAUUAUGCCGUCGUUGCAAUGCUAAAUGCUUCUAAUAGCUUUAAUUCUUUACACGUUUACAAAAGGCUAUUUGAACCAUUGGCAGUUUGACGGCCUUUUAGGCAAUUUCUUUAUCUUUUUAUAAACUUUUUUUUAAUUUUUUGCUUGGCGGUGAAUAAAUAAAAAUAAGUUGUAAACAAAAAAGCGGUGAAAAAAUAAAACAAAAACAAACAAA